AUGACAGUGCAGCCACCUGCUUCUGCAUUCUGGAAAAAUGAAGAAGCUUUCAUUAAUAAGCUUUCGAAUGGGGAGCUUACUAACUCUGACAUCUUUGAAAUAUGCAAGCAAGCAAUUGAAAUAUUUGUAGAAGAGCCAUUUAUGCUGGAGUUGUCUUCAGAAAUAGUUGUUGUGGGUGAUAUACAUGGUCAGUUCUUUGAUCUUUUAAACAUUCUAAAAGUGCCCUCUGAUAAAUAUCUUUUUCUUGGGGAUUUUGUAGAUCGCGGUGCAAACUCAGUUGAAACAAUUGUGCUGCUACUCUAUAUGAAGAUAAAGCACCCAGAUAGCGUGUGGCUACUAAGAGGAAACCAUGAGUCUCUGAAAACCUCGUCUGGCUACGGGUUUAAAACAGAGUGCAUGCAGGUUUAUAGAUCAAAAAUGAUCUGGCACUGUAUAUGCGAAGUAUUUGACUAUUUGCCUGUCUGUGCCAUUAUUGACAGAAAAGUGUUUGCAGUGCAUGCAGGGAUUGGGCCAGAUCUUGACCUGGAGGCAGUCCAGAUGAUCCCGCGGGUGGGAGACAUACCUACUUCUGGCACCAUAGCAGAUCUUGUAUGGAGCGAUCCAAACGAAGAAGCCGAAGAGUUCAUGAAAAGUGCUCGAGGAGUUGGCUACUACUUUGGGGAAAAGCAGACAGAUGAGUUUCUUAAAAAAACUGGCUUGGAGAGAAUUAUUCGAUCCCAUCAGCUUGUGGAUGAAGGAUAUAAGGAAGACUUUGGUGGGAAGGUUAUAACCAUAUGGAGUGCACCAAACUACUGCUAUCGAUGCAUGAACAAAGCAGCAGUAGCCCGUAUUAUAGACGGGAAUAUUGCGGAAUAUGUUGAAAUUGUAGAAGCAGAGUAUCAAAGAAAAGAGACCAAAGUUUUAUCAUACUUUCUGUGA